ACCGGCAAAGCGACCUUCAACUAAAGUCCCUCUUGGUGCCCAAAAAAUCUGAAGAAAUCCAUCCUUCAUCGAAUGCUCACGAACCCGUCUGGUCGUUGAUCAUUCACCAGCUUCAUCAAGCUUCAUCAUGGCCUCCAAAGUAUCACGUGAUACACUCUACGAAUGCGUCAAUGCCGCCAUUCAAGGAUCACAAGAAAAAAAAAGAAAUUUCGUUGAGACAAUUGAGUUACAAAUUGGACUCAAAAAUUACGAUCCACAGAAGGACAAGCGUUUCUCCGGAACAGUAAAAUUGAAGAAUAUCCCAAGACCAAAAAUGAAGGUAUGCAUUCUUGGUGAUCAACAGCAUUGUGACGAAGCCAAAGCAAACAAUGUUCCAUUCAUGGAUGCUGAAGCUUUAAAAAAAUUAAACAAAAACAAGAAACUCGUCAAGAAAUUAGCUAAAAAAUACGAUGCUUUCUUGGCCAGUGAAUCCUUGAUCAAACAAAUCCCACGUUUGUUGGGUCCAGGUUUGAACAAAGCUGGUAAAUUUCCUGGUCUUUUGUCUCAUCAAGAAUCAAUGACUGCCAAGAUUGAUGAAGUCAAAACAACAAUCAAAUUCCAAAUGAAAAAGGUACUUUGUUUGUCUGUUGCUGUUGGACACGUUGAAAUGAGCCCAGAUGAGCUUGUACAAAAUGUUCAUUUGUCAAUUAACUUCUUGGUUUCACUUUUGAAAAAACACUGGCAAAAUGUUCGUUCCCUCAACAUUAAAUCAUCAAUGGGAAAACCACAACGUUUAUACUAAAAAUGUAUAAUAGUUUAUUUUUCAUUUGAAUAAACGAUUCAAUAAUUUAAAAACAAA